AGCUUAACCAAAGCGAAAGGCAAGGGGGUUAGAGGUUUUAAGUUUAUCCUUACUUUCCUAGUGUCCACAGUUAAGAAUGGGUGAAAUCCACUACCGACUGUCUUCCGUGUAAAGCUAAAAGCUUCAAACAAAGCAAAGCAACAGUAAAUAAGAGAGAGAAAAGCAAAGGACAGAUUGAGACACCAACGCAGACUUUCCAAUAAAAUACAAAGAUCGAUAGGGGAGAAAUUGUGAAAAUUAAAAAUAAAUAUACCCGAAAAAACUUAUUCUUUCUCUCUUUGUGUCUGCAAUAAAGUGGAAGAAAGAAGCAGAGAGAGAGAGAGAGAGAGUAAGGAUAAGAUCUUGAUCGACCUCUCUCUUCUGUUUAUCUUCUUUGUAUGAAGAAGCAGAUUCCGGGGACACUGUGAAGAAGUUUCUAAAGAUUCUUAACGUGUGGCAAUGAGAUCUGAUACUUAACUUGGUCGUCUAGAAAGAAGAUUAACGUGGCGCGAAGCUACAGUUCAGGCUGGCUAUGGGAACUCUUGCAAUUAAUACCGAGGGUGUGGACUCAGAUAUAUACCUUGCUUUGGGAUUGAAAGAAUUGGGUAAAGGACCUAUUGGAACUCCACGGAUUUUAUCACUUCUUUCUUCACUUCUUGAGAAAUCUGUCCAAAAAAAUGAGAUGCAAUCAGAGACUACGAACAUGAAGGAUAAUGUUGCAAUCUUUCAUGGGUUAAGGGCUCCCACCAUAAGCAUUCAGCAAUAUAUUGAUCGCAUCUUUAAGUAUGCUGGCUGCAGUCCUUCAUGCUUUCUUGUUGCAUACAUUUACGUGGAUAGAUUCGUUCAACAAACUGAUGUGCAUUUGACUUCCCUUAAUGUUCAUCGGCUCCUUAUAACCAGUGUUAUGAUAGCAGCAAAAUUUAUUGAUGAUGCGUGUUUCAACAAUGCAUAUUAUGCUAGAGUUGGUGGGGUGAGCACAGCUGAGUUGAACAGGUUGGAGAUGAAAUUUUUGUUUAGUCUAGAUUUCAGACUUCAAGUAAACGUCAAUACAUUUCAAAGAUACUGUUCUCAGCUGCAAAAGGAAUCUUUGGAAGGGCAUCAAAUUGAACGUCCUAUCCGAGCUUGUGGAAUUAAAGAGAGUUGGCCAAACAAAAGUGAUACACAAUGUGCUCCCACAAUUGCAAGAUGAAUAUACAAGUAAUCUCAUUGUAUCAGUAAAAUCCCACGUGAUGCUUGAAUACAAUCAAGCUAGAGAAUUUGGAUAAUGGAUACAGAUGCCAAAUGUAGUUUUAGUGAUGAUUCUUGAAGAAACAGCAAGCUUACUCCCUUGCAUCAAUUUUUAUGCCAUUAGUCAGCAUGAUUGUUUCCAUCUUUGACGCAGUUGGUUAUUUCUUAGCGUGCACCUUUGAGGUGCUGCACCUUGUGUUUUUCCUUUGUAGUACACUUGUGCAAAAGGCAUGUUGUAUAUUAAAGAUUGACUUUGUGGUCAUGAAAA